UAUUGGCUCCAGGCUUGGAGAAGGAGGUCGAGGGAGGGCAGAGACGGAGGUGUGGAGCCGGGCAAAACUGCUGCAUUCACAUACAGCAAAAGGCAGAAGGGACAAACACAAGAAAAUCAUAAAGAGAAGAAAAAAGGAAUAUAAAUAUGCACAAGUGGCUGUCUCUCCUGAUCCUCUGCUUCUUCCUACCUGUUGUGUUCUCCCUGAAAUGUUACCAGUGCACCGGAUUGCCCUAUGACUGCCAGGAGACAGAGCAGCUUUGCCACAUUAACCAGACCAGUUGUAUGUCACAGGCGUUCACUGUAGUAGACAAUGGGACUAUUAAGGAAUGGACAUACAAGGGAUGCUCUCAGGGACUUGUGUGCAAUGAAUCCGUAUAUUUGGACCGGGGCAGUAUGAAGACUUAUAUCAGUUCCGCCUGCUGUUCCACAGACCUCUGCAAUGUAGAAACCUACUAUGCCCUUGUCCAAGUUGCUGGGCUCUACUGUCAGUCCUGUGAAGGGAGCAGUGAUUCCUGUUCGUUGCAAAACCUGACAAGUGUCCAGUGCUCGGGAGUCCAAGACCGAUGCAUGACAGUCACCACUGUCUUUGCCAAUGAAACUGUGAGCUCAGAGUCAGCAAUUAAAGGCUGUGGGACGGGUAACCUCUGUAAUCGAAGUCUGGAAUACAACAGCGGCAAUGGGAGGAUAUACACAUCUGUAUCUUGCUGUGGGAAGACCAACUGCAAUACUGGCAGAAACAGUGUUACUUUCAGUGAGACCCUGAAUGGCCUGAUGUGCUAUGCGUGUAACGAGACAGGGAAAGGAGAAUGUAAAACUCCGACCACAGUCAGUUGUACGGGGAACAUGUCUUCCUGCAUGGACGUCGUAGGCUUUCCCAGAGGCAACACUCUCAUGAGAGGCUGCUGCUCCAAAGAUGUGUGUAUGGGUCUCUCGGCAUCCAUGUCCAUUCAAGUGAGCCAGAAGCAGUACUGCUGCUCUAGAAAUCUGUGUAAUAAUGGGAACAUUAAUUCAUAUUUCAGCAAAGGCUCAAUCAUUGCGCGUAGUCGAGGAGUCAUGGGGGUAGCCUUGUUUAUUCUCACAGUGGUGCUCAGGACACUAUAGUCUGCACUGUGUGCCAUAAGAACUUCAAAAACACAUUAUAUAUGGUAGAAGAGCCAUGUAAAUAUCUGCUUUGUUUGGACAGGACUUAUAGGAAGAUCUCAAACACAUUUGUGUUGGUGCAGAACCUCAUUGGAAAACCAGUAUCAUGGAAAGGACACAUUUGUAAUCAUGGAAAGGCCCAAAACACACUGGGCAUACAAAGAAUUGUCUCGGAUUUUUAUUUUAAAAGCACCCUGGCAGGGUAGGGUGCCAGUGGCAGACAAGGCUGAGUGGUCUAGUUAGAAUGCUUAAUGGCGGAGUCCACAAGCAGAAGGCCUUGAAGUCCACCAACAACACAAUGGCCAAGCAGCCCAUGACACAGACAAAGCCAGGAGCAACCACAAGGUCAGCAGUGAUGGAAAAGUUGACUGCAAAAGCCACCUAUAAAGCCCUAGUAUUGUCACAAGUCAGGCAACCUUCUGAAUUACCUUUAAAUGGUCUUCAUCAAUAUCUCACCUACUCAUGUAGAAAAUCAAUCUAAUCAUCUCCAGCAGAUAGUAAGCACCUAAGUGCCAGCCCACCAAAUCAUGAACCGCGGUAAAAUAGUCCUUAGGACCUACAUUGGCCUUAAGCGCCCACACUACAAAUUGGAAGCAAAUCUUUUUGCAGCCUCCACAGAUAUAUACAAAAACAGCAAAUAACUGAGACAGAAUGGUCCUCCCAUAGUUUAAAUGCUCUAGCACUUAUGGUUCUACUACUGGGACUCUUAACAAAACAUACAAGCCAACUCAAUGUUUCUGGAAAAAUACUGAAGUUUGGUAAUUGCAGAAGAAAUUGCAGGGUCUGUGGGUUACCGUAUCUCACGGAUCAAUAGAAAAUAGCUGCUGUCUCAUCUGGUAGGUAAUAGAUACUACAGUAUAUUCAAUGCAAGGCAAAGCUAUGAAAGUAUCAAACCUGAAUCAAUAACAAGCACCACUGCCCCCUGGAGAACUAUUAUCACUAUUUCAUUAUUAAUAGAACAUUAUUAUAUUUGCUUCUACCAGAAACACCACAUAACUGCAUCGAUCUACACAGAUGAGAUCCCAACCAUCAAUAAAUGGAAAACCAGCCAAGGGACCUAUAACACAACGGUUCUGGCAAGGACUAUGCAACCCAAUUAACCCAAUCACCAGAGCAUGAAUAUACCCACAGAUACAGUGAGCCCUAAUUUCCAAUAAAACAGACGCUAGUAAUGUUUCAUAGAUUGACAGUAGCGUGGCAUUUCCAUUGUGAAACCAUUGAAAACCCCUCGUAAGAAAUUGUUCAUUUUGGGUACCAUUAUUUUUGUUAUAUAUACGUGUAUUUGUGGCCUUAUGCAUGUUAGUGUGUAUGGGGGAGUUGUAUUGAUUAUAGAGCCAGUUGUCCAGGAAGCUUACAUAUCAAAGGCUUUUUCCUAUGAAUGGUGGUUGGGCACUACGUCUACUACAGGAGCCCUUUUUUUAUCCUCCCCAUCUGACCAGUUGGCAUGCUAGCUGUGGGGACAGGUGGGGAAAACAUGCAUACAAGGUGAGCAUUACGCAGUGGAGACCAGAGGUGCUCAAGGGAGAAGGAAGCCAUGAUGGGAAGACAGAAGCUGACCUCUAUUCUAUUACUCUGUUGGUAACAAUAAUGUAAACUAGGCAUUAACCCUUAAAUGUAAACAGUGUCAGACUGGGAUCCCAGGGGCCCACCAGAAAUCCUUAGACCCUAGGCCCACUCUCCAAACUAUUUA